AUGAAUGUACAGCUCGUGCCAUUUCUCAUCGCCUGUCUGCUAUCCACUGUUUAUAGUGAAGACUCAGAAGUUUCAGAAUUCUGCUAUAACUCACCAGGAUGCAAUGCAACCACAUGGCCUACUACAGCAACAUUCAAUUGCAAUGGCACUCGUCAGUCUCCUAUCAAUAUUGUGACUGCUGAUGUGAAGGCUGAUAGUAACCUGACAGCUUUCAGCUUCACUGGCUUUAAUGAUAGCUCCACCCUCCAAAACAUUAACAACACUGGAAAGUCAGUCAACAUCGAGCUUGAUGGUAAAAAGAUGAGCGUGUCAGGAGGAGGCCUUCAGAACACGUACACUUCCAAAGAGUUCCACAUUCACUGGGGCAAUGGCUCCUCUUUCAGUGGAUCUGAACACACUGUGGAUGGCAAACAAUAUGCAAUGGAGAUUCACAUACUAAAUCUUAGGUCUGAUGUAUCCGUGGCUGCUGCCAAUGACUCAACAGCAUAUGCUGUUCUUGGUUUCUUCAUUGAAGCAACCAAUGACAGUGGCAAACCAGAGAGCUGGAAGAACCUCACCUCAUUCUUAUCAAACAUUUCUAAAAAAGGUGACUCAUUUGACAUUAUGAAUCAACUUACUGUAGAUAGUCUGCUUCAAGGAGUGGACCGGACUAAAUAUUACCGUUACCUUGGCUCUCGGACUACACCACCAUGUAAUGAAAUUGUGGUAUGGACUGUAUUCAAAGACCCAGUCAAAGUCAGCAAAGAUUUGAUUGAUCUUUUCAGCAACACAGUGCACAUCAAUACAACUGCUGAUCCUUUCAUCACCAACAACCACAGAGUACUUCAGGCUCUAAAUGGCAGGGUUGUGACAUCACAACCAACUUCAUCAGCAAGCACACUUCAUCACACUCUGUCCAUCAGCACAGCGCUCCUCUGCUAUGUAUUUUUUUGGUGUUUGUAGUCCCUGUCUACCAAGACAACAGUGUAAUAAUCAGAGUGUUUGUUUAGUCUAGACACUUGUUUCCACUGAAUGUUUCAAUCAGACCUAAAUUAAUGUGCAUUCAUGUGCAAUAUUUAAAUCAUUAUUAAAUUACUGCAUUUAUUCUCUUAAAGAAAAUUUUCAACUACCAACAAUAACUACAAAAUGAAGAAAAUUUUAGCCCUAUUAUAGCGUGAGGGACUGCGAUUGUUGUGCAAUAUUUUGUGUAGUAUCUUUAUAUAUGG